AAUGGAACGAGCUCGCAGACGUCUAGCUUCUGCAAUUGAUGGUCUAAGAGCACAAUUCACAGAUGCUGAUUCGCAGGAAGGCCCUUCUUCGUCUUCUGCUUCGACAAUUGCCAAAAUUCAUUCAAUGAUAAUCCGUCACGGCUUCCCUGACGGCCCUAGAUGUAUGGCCUUUGAUCCAGUUCAGAAAUUAUGCGCAAUUGGUGCUGCCCGUGGAUCUGUUAGAUUACUAGGACAGGCCGGUGUUGAACAUUUUUUACAGCAUGAUUCUGAUGAGCCUGUCACUCACAUUCAAUUUCUCGUUAACGAGGGAGGGUUAAUUACAGCUUUGGGGGAUGAUACUUUACAUUUAUGGAAUUAUAGGCAAAGAACUCCAGAAAUUGUUCAUUCACUUAAAAUGUCAAAAGAAAGUAUUACUACAAUAUAUUUACCUUUUCAAAGUAAAUGGUUAAUGGUUGGAACAGAAAAGGGAAAUAUUUAUUUUAUCAAUUUGGGAACUUUUGAGUUAUCUACACAAAUAAUUUAUUGGAACAAAGCUGUUGAUAUGAGUUGUCGAUCACAUCCAGGCUAUGUUAAAACAUUACAAUCUUGCCCAACAGAACCUUCAAAAAUAUUAAUUGGAUUUGAAAAAGGUCAUGUCGUUCUUUGGAAUAUUUUGACUAAAACAGGGGAACGUUUUGCUGCUGCUACUGAACUUAGUCCUGUGACUGCUUUUUGUUGGAAUAGUGAUGGAAGACAAUUUAUGUGUGGACAUCAAAAUGGGUCUCUUUCAAUUUGGAAUAUUAAAAAGCCUCGUGAACUUAUUCACAAAACAACCCCACAUUCCCCUAUUGCAUCUUCUGGUGGAGGCAGUUCACCAAGUUCUUGUGGAGGAGCAUCAGCAACACUUCCCUCACAGCAUAUUUCUUGUAAACCAAUUACACAAUUAAGAAUGCCAAUGGAUGAAGGAGCACUUCCGUCACUUACAGUCCUCAGAGCAAAAGGCUCAUUAACUGUUCUUGAGAUGGAUCACGCGAUUGUCGAAAUGGUUCCGCUCAACAAUUCUCCUCAUGCCUCAGUUGCCCAGCAUCCACAUGCAAUUGCUGUCCUCCUUAAAAAUGACCUUUUGGUUGUGGAUAUACAAGCACAAGGGUAUCCUUGUUUUGAAGUGCCGCAUCCGAUGGAUUUGCAUGAAUCGCCGGUGACACUUUUAAAGUUGGAAAAGAUUUUAGCUUUUAAAAACAAACAAUAUUUAUUUUUGGGUAUUACUCUGAUUGUCCUGUUGAUUUAAUUGCUGCAUUAACUUUGGUUGGACGAAACCAAAGAAGACAAGGCGUUCGUCUUAGCGACAGGCAAUGGCCGUUUAGCGGAGGG